AUGAUGAAAAAACUCUUGCUAGACAAUCAGAAAGUUAUGGCUGAGAAUCAACAAUUGCGCACAGAGUUCAGAAAUCUAGAGAGGCAGUUUGGCCAAAUGGCUAACAAUAAGAAUAUUAGACCUGUUGGAGCUCUCCCAAGUGAUACAGAGAAAAAUCCUCAAGUCAAUGCAGCGACGUUGAGAAAUGGAAGAGAGUUAGUAGAAGUGCCUAAAAAUAAAAGGAGCAGUCUGGAUAAGCUGAAGCAGAUACACUUGAACAUCGCUUUGAUGGACAUGCUCCGUGAGGUCCCAAAAUAUGCAAAAUAUAUUAAGGAUAUAGUGGAAAAUAAGAGGAGGUUAACUGAAUUUGAGACCGAUGCACUUACUGAGGAGUGCACUUCCAGGAUUCAACAUAAGCUUCCACAAAAGCGUAAGGAUUCAGGUAGUUUUACCAUCCUCGUGAGGAUUGGUGAAAUUGAUGUGGGUAGAGCAUUGUGUGAUUUGGGUGGAAGUAUCAAUCUGAUGCCGUUGUUAGUGUUCAAACAAUUGGGAUUAGUAGCUUCGAGACCCACCACAGUGCUGCUACAGUUAUCUGACAGAUCUUAUGUUUAUCCUGAGGGGGUAAUUGCGGACGUCUUGCUGCAUAUUGGGAAGUUUAUUUUCCCUGCAGAUUUUAUCAUCCUGGACUACGAGGUUGAUGAGUUAGUUCCUAUCAUCUUGGAACGACCUCUUUUGGCCACUGGAGAUGCCAUUAUCAAAGUCCGAGAAGGUAAGAUGAUCCUGAGGGUGGACAAUGAAGAAGCGGUCUUUAAUGUAUAUCGAGCCAUUCAGUUGCCUCGUCAUUACAAGGACCUGGCCAUGAUUUCUGUGGUGAAGAUAAAUGCACCAGCCAUAGAGGCAAGUGCAUUUAAAGAAGAUGCACUAGAAAAGACAUUGAUGUUGUUCAAUCACUUGGAAUUGGAAGAAGAAGUUGAGGAGCUGUUGAAAAUUUUGGAUGCAUCUUGUGAACACAUAAGAGAAAGAUCCCAGUUUGAGCCUCUGGAUAGGGUAAUCGGCUUGCCCUCUAGACCCUCAGUUGAGGAGGCUCCAAAAUUGGAACUUAAACCCUUAACACCUCAUCUUCAUUAUGCAUAUUUGGGUAGUUCUAACACUUUACCUGUGAUUGUUUCUUCUCAUUUGUCUAAAUUACAGGAAGAAAAGCUCUUAAGGGUGCUGAGGGAGCACAAACAUGCCAUUGGUUAG